AUGUCCCGAAAACGCAAGCGCACCGGCCACGGCUGGACAAUCAGAAAAAAGAAAACAGUCAUCCCUCCAGAACCACCCCUCCCUCCAUCCCCCCCGGAACCCACCACACGCAGCACCCACCCGCACCCCCAAGCCCAAUCCCUCUUCUUCCGACUCCCCGCCGAACUCCGAGACCAGAUCUACACCGACAUCUUCACCUGGCCCGAGCGCACCCACAUCGCCUGGGUCGGCGGCCGCGGCCGCGGCCGCAAAUUCCGCAGCUUCCUCUGCAAGGUGCCGGAAGCGAAGCAGCUGGAGCGGACAGCGCGCGGGGAACUGUGCAAGUGGUGCACAAUCGACCAUUUCAAGUGCUCGACGCGCAAGAAGUAUUCUGGCGAGGUCAAGGUGGCGCCGCUGCCCGAUGAGAAGGCGGGCGUGAGGGUGGGCGCGAUGCUGAGGUGUUGUCGACGCGUGUAUAACGAAACGAUCCACACGCUGUACAGCAGAAACACCUUCUACGUCGAGAACCCGCGCACCCUCCUCGAGAUGUCGACGCGCAUGCCGCAGCCGCAUCUGCGCCUUAUUCCGUCGCUGACGCUGGAGUCGCCCAGGUUCCAUCGGGAUUACUUCGAUUGGGACGACGAGAGAAACAUGGCGCGGUGGAAGGCGGUUGUUGAUGCGCUGGGGAAGUUCGAAGGGCUGGUCGAGCUGUGCAUUAUCGUGCGGCGGCGCUACGAGUAUGCCCACCUGCUCGACUUGAUUUUGAAGCCCGUUAGGGCGGCGGAGGAUGCGGGGGCUUUUGCGGUGGCCCCGCGGCUUAUUCUCAAGGGGACUGAUCUGUAUGGGUUUGGGGAGUUGUGUUCGAGGCAUGUGGAUUUGGAAUAUCCUUGGGAGGUGAUCUGA